CCGACAGUUCACAGCAACAUCAGCUAAGACUCAAAUCAAACAUUCCAUAGCCUUUAAAAGUACUUGUGGGUGUAACUGUGGCAUGACACUGUCCCGAUAUCUUUUGCCAGAUCCCGGAGUAGUCGUCAAAGACGAGGCAAGCGGCAUGCUAGCACGUCACAUGGAAGUCGCCCUAUGGUGAAGCGUGCCAAUCAAAGGUUGUCUUUGCUGUUUAAAGUUAUGAAACAGAGUGAAGAUGAGGAUCCUAAUCUUUGUGGCGUUGCUAUACAUCAGCGAAAUAUUUGGGAUUAAGCAACCUCGGAAUAACCAAACUAUAUCAGAGUUUUUAGACGAUGUAUUAGAAGGUUAUGACAAACUCCGACCGCCGUUAGCAGACGAGUCGACGAGGGUCGAGCUGGGUGUAUACGUAAACAGCUUUUAUUCCAUCAGCGAACAAGCAAUGGAUUUUUCUGUCAACAUUUAUCUUCGUCAAAACUGGACUGAUCCCAGACUGGCAUUCGAGCCGAACGAAGAUCUGGGCAUCGGCCAAAUGUUAAAGAUGGAUGAACACUUCUGGGAGAAAAUUUGGGUUCCUGAUGUGUUUUUUCGAAACGAGAAGAAGGCAAAUUUUCAUCACGUCACCAUCCCAAACAGACUGAUGCGCCUUUACUCCAAUGGACAAGUUUGGUACGUUUUAAAAAUCAGCGCCACGUUAGACUGCACCAUGGCUUUGUAUGACUAUCCUCUGGACACACAGCAGUGCCCACUCAUGAUGGAAAGUUUUGGCAAUAACAUGGACACCCUCCAUUUUGUAUGGAUGGAAAAAGCUGUUGAAAGGGAUCCUAAUCUGUCAUUGCCUGAAUACACCCUGCAUCACACUAACUUUUCUGAUUGCUCACAGAAUUACACUGCAGGAGAGUUUCCAUGCCUACGGAUCGACUUCUAUCUGAAAAGGGAUCGAUUUUUCCACGUGGUUCAGACCUACGUGCCAUCAGCUCUCAUCGUCAUCAUGUCCUGGGUGGGAUUCUGGAUCAGCAUUGACGCGAGCCCGGCCAGGGUGUCCAUUGGACUUCUAACCGUGCUGACCAUUACCACACAAACUACAGCAGCACGGGCUUCUCAGCCUAGAGUUUCUUACAUCAAAGCCAUUGACGUUUGGCUGGCAGCUUGCUUGCUUUUUGUGUUCGGGUCCCUACUGGAAUAUUCAUUGGUGAACACGUAUUCCAGGCGUCGAGUACCAACAGCAGUGAAUCGUCCCAGAAAGACCAUUGUGAGAAAUUCUUGCUUUUCGAGGGAAAAGAAGACCGAAACCUGUUGUGAAGACGUCGAAGAGAUCCAGCCUGUGACUCCGAAAAAAGAAUGUGAGCAGGUUGAUCCACAAGGAAGAGAAAGAGCGAAAAGAGUCGACAAGAUUUCCAGGUUUUUGUUCCCGACGGCAUUUCUGCUUUUCUGCCUAUCGUAUUCAAUUCGCUACGGAGUUUUCUCACCCAGGGAAAAAGACUAAAUGUAAUAUAGCCUACACUCGCUUAACCUUACACUAGACAACGCAUAUACGAGUAGUUAUCAAAAGAGAAAUCGUAAACAUUUAAAUAGCGCACUUGUAUAGGUUCUAUUAUGGAGGGGGGAGGCGUGAAAACAUUGAGGGGAUGCAUGAAACUUAAGAACAGUGAGACGAUCUUUGUGCGGAUAUAAAAUAUAUACUUUUAUUUGGAAAUGGUCUCAAUUCAUAAGAGCUUGUUUCACAUAUCGUUAGACUUAGUACAGUACUUCACUCUCUCAUCAUUCAACAAUCGCAGAUUUGUUAAAAUUACGCCAGGGCUGGAGAGCUUAUUGCUGUCUAUUAUCUACACGGUGAUAAGAGUUAUAUAAAAAUAUAGUCUGGAUUUCAUGUCGUGCCAAUAUAUCAUAUAUCAUAUAUACAGAUUUUAAGUAGAGUAGGAUUAGUAUGUAUACGAAAACUAGAUAGGCCUUUAUUUUAGAAAAAAAAAAGCAUGGAGACCGAAAAUUGGAAAUAAAUCCAUUUCGGUUGCAGCCAAGCUUUUCCUUAAAAAAAAAAAAGCUGUAAAAACAUUUGCUGUUUUUGACUUUGGUUUGACAAAGAUCGCCAAAUGACGGGCAGUGUGUUAGAUAGGCCUAUUAUUCGUGAAGCUAACACAGUAGUGUUGCUAAAGG